CACAUUUAAAUAUUAGUUUAGUAUAUCCUAUUUCAAAGCUUAUCUAUUUAGAGUUUGAGGGAUAGCAGGAGAAAUUCACAAACCCGGCCCUAGUCCAAAAUCUCAUAAUAUGAAAGACGGUGGAACAAAUGUUGAGGUUUCAGAAGAUGGAUCUAAAAGAGAAGAUACAACCUCAGAGAGUGGUGGUGGAGGAGGCCUUAUUAACAACUUGGUUUCCACUUUGAUAGCACCCUUGAGUCCAAGCAUUGGGAAAGCCACUGAGCAUGAAAGUGGUGCUGAUGAUGAUGGAGAAAAAGAAGGGGUUGAUGGUUGUGAAGAGGGAGGAGGGAUCAUCAGAAAAAUGGUUUCCAAUUUCUUCCAUCAAAGUGAAGGUGAAGGUGUGGUUGAAGCUGAAGAGGACAAGGAAGAAGAGGAUGAAAUCAUGGCUGGUGGUGAAAAAAUCAAACGGUUGAAGACAGAGACUGGAGGCAUCAUUCAUAACAUUGUUUCUCAUUUACCUGCUUCAAUCCCAGAUGGUGCGGUUCCCACAGCAGACGAGGCCACUAUUUUAAUUAACUCUCUUGUUCGUGACUAAGUAGUGCAAUAGUUCCAACUCACAGUGCACCAACAUGGAUUAUUUUGCACUGUGUCUUGUGUCUUCUUUAGUCAGUGUUCUUUUUUCUUAUUUUCUGAGAUGUUUUUUUUUUUUGCAAUUGAGACGGAUAAAUACAUCAAUGAAUCAUGUAAAAAUUUCACAUCACUUUUUAACUCAAAUUUGAAAAAAUACUUUUGAUUGAUUUA